AGGCCAAUUCCAGUCAGGUGAGAUCACAGCAAACCAACCAAGCGAGCCAGCAUCAGGUCGCGUCUCUGCAGUUUUUGAUCAUGCCAGCUGUGAUCUAGGUAUCAACAUGUCCUACAGAGUGAACUACUCUCCUCUCCCCCACCCACACACACCACCACCACCACCACUACCACCACCUCAGUCCUGCCAUAAAGUGUGUGACGUAGCCUACGGCUCCAGCAUGAAAGGGCAAACUCUGCUCAGUAAGGCAGACGGUGCAGUGCUUUGCGGGUCAGACCCACCUGAUGACAGCGUCCCGGCUCUGAAAGCUUACCUGUGGCCAGACGGUGCAGAGGAAACCUCUGGGAUGGAGAGGCUGCUGAGGAAAUGUCAGAUCAAAAGCCAGCUGGUCAGAGAGUGCUUGGCUGAAUGUCUCGGCGUCUACGUCCUGAUCCUGUUUGGAUGUGGCUCCGUUGCCCAGGUGACCACAACUCAUGAGAAGAAGGGCGAGUACCUGUCAAUCAAUCUGGGUUUUGCUCUGGGAGCAACAUUUGGGGUGUUUGUGUCUCGUGGAGUCUCAGGUGCCCACCUGAACCCGGCUGUAUCUCUGAGCUUGUGCAUUUUGGGCAGACAUCCCUGGAUAAAGCUCCCUUUCUACGUCCUCUUCCAGGUGCUCGGAGCCUUUCUGGCUGCAGCCACCGUCUGUCUGCAGUACUACGAUGCCAUCCAGGCCUACAGUGGCGGCGAGCUGACGGUGUCGGGUCCCACCGCCACAGCAUACAUAUUCGCCACCUACCCAGCUGACUACCUCAGUUUGUGGGGAGGUGUCGUGGACCAGGUGAUAGGCACAGCUGCACUGCUGCUUUGUGUCCUGGCUCUUGGGGACCAGAGGAACGUCCCUCUCCCUGAGGGUCUUCAGCCUUUGCUGGUGGGAUUAGCGGUGCUGGUUAUUGGCAUCUCGAUGGGCUCCAACAGCGGCUACGCCAUCAACCCGGCCAGAGAUAUAGGACCUCGAUUGUUCACGUACAUUGCUGGCUGGGGAGUCGAUGUUUUCAGGGCCGGAGGUGGUUGGUGGUGGGUGCCUUUAGUGGCUCCCUGUGUCGGAGCACUGCUGGGAACACUGAUCUACAAGCUGAUGAUUGAAGUCCACCAUCCUCCCAGUCCGUCUGAGCUCCAGACCUCAUGUCAGGAGGUCACUGAGGGCAAGACAGGGCUGGAGCUGGAGGGGGUGGAGCCAGACACUGACAAACCCAGCACUAAAAUGUAGUCGUAAAACUGAAGAGGAAGAUCAUGUGUAGAGUAAAUGCUAUUUAUGGUCACUGAAGCUGUCUUUGUAAAUAUCUGACUGAUUUUAUUGGAAUCUGAUGGCAGACAACGUGUUUUGUGUUCUGACUUUAUUGCCCCCCUGGCUUUUCCUGUAGCGCCACCAGCAGGUCAAACUUUUCACCUUGUCCAGUAAAAUUUCUCACCAUUUACCAGACAGAUUGUCACGCUCUCCAAACGAUGAAUCCUGAUGGUUUUUGCGGCCUCCUCCAGCGCCAUCAAGAGGUUGAAGUUUGAGUGAAAUGUCUCAACAACUAACUGAUGGAUUGUCACAAAAUUUGGUACAAAUAUUCAAAUUCCCCUCAGGAUGAAUCCCAAUGGCUUUGGUGGUCCCCAGACUUUUCAUCUAGCACCAUCAUCUGGUCAAACUCUUAAU